GCUGUCGUGCAGUCAGUUUGCAAGCAGAGAGAGGAGAGGACGAGCAGACACUAGACACUAUCAUCACUGCAUCACUGACUGACCCGCAGCCACAGAACACGGAUGUGUCACAUUAUGCGUUGGUCAUCGUCUGUAACGACGUACGUGUUGUGAGACGCUGUUUCGCCGGAGCAGGGCCACAGAAACACGGCUAAAGCGAGUAACGUUACGUUAGCAGCGGCGUUAACUUAGCUCCUGGAGACCCCGUUCCUGCACACCACGGACCGCAAUGAUUGGACGCUGCCUGCCUCGAUCAGCCAACUCCUAGUUCUGCUGCACCUGAUUGGACGACUGCCUGCCUGUGAGCUGAUGGUUGCUACAGUUGCCAUGACUUAGAAACACUCCUGAUACAGAGAUGGAGAAAAAGAAAUUGUGCCCCCGCCUCCUGGACUACCUGGUGGUAGUUGGAGCAAGGCAACCCAGCAGCGACAGCGUGGCACAAACACCUCAGCUGCUUAGGCGAUAUCCACUGGAGGACCACAAUGAGCUCCCUCUGCCCCCUGAUGUUGUUUUCUUCUGCCAGCCUGAGGGCUGCCUGAGCGUCCGUCAGCGCCGGGUCAGCCUUCGUGAUGACACAUCUUUCGUCUUCACUCUCACCGACAAAGAUUCAGGUGUCACUCGCUAUGGAAUCUGCCUCAACUUUUACCGCUCUUUCCAGAAGGGCCACCACCGCCCACGAACUGAAGGAAAAGGAGAAAAGCCCCCUCAUACAGACCCCGCAGUGGAGGCCACAGAGAAAUUUGACCCCUCCACAUCGACUCUUCCAGGCGAAUCUACGCUGCCCCCUGCAGGAGAUGAGACUUUGCCACCAGGCGAGCCAGGCAGCACCGGAAAGUCUCCACGAUCCAAACACACUGGUCGACAAGCACCACAGAACCGGAACAGCACGUUAACAUCUCUGUGCAUUCUGAGCCACUACCCCUUCUUUUCUACGUUCAGGGAGUGUCUGUACAUCCUCAAGCGCAUGGUGGACUGCUGUAGCCAGCGGCUCAACCAAAGACCCGGUGCUGCUAAGUCCACACAACGGGACACAAUGUGGCGUGUUUUUACAGGCUCUCUCUCCAUCGAGGAAAAGGAAAAGGGCAGUCAGGUGCUCCAGGACCUGAGGGAGAUCGAGUCGUGGGUGUAUCGGCUGCUGCGCUCCCCGGUGCCUGUUGCUGGUCAGCGACGUGUUGACGUGGAAGUGCUCCCCCAUGAGCUGCAGCCUGCACUGACCUUUGCCCUUCCAGACCCUUCCCGCUUCAGCAUUGUAGACUUCCCGCUCCAUCUGCCUCUGGAGCUGCUGGGGGUUGAUGCUUGUCUUCAGGUCCUGGCCUGCAUUCUGCUGGAACACAAGGUGGUACUGCAGUCCAGAGAUUAUAACGCCCUCUCAAUGAGCGUCAUGGCAUUUGUUUCAAUGAUUUACCCCCUUGAGUACAUGUUUCCUGUCAUUCCACUGUUGCCCACCUGCAUGGCCUCCGCAGAACAGCUCCUGCUAGCACCCACUCCAUAUGUCAUCGGUGUGCCUGCCAGUUUCUUCCUGUACAAGUCCGAUUUUAAGAUGCCUGAUGACGUUUGGUUAGUGGAUCUAGACUGCAACAAGGUCAUUGUUCCAAGCAACGCAGAAUUUCUCCCUCCCCUUCCUGAACCUGAGGCCUCUGAGCUGAAGAAACACUUGAAGCAGUGUCUGGUAAGGUUGACUGUGAUCACCCAAAAGCAGAUCUUCGCCUCCGAUUCCAAGGCUCUGGCCAGCAUGAGUCUGAACACGCAACCUAUUCUUAACCUGGAGAAGUUUCAAGAUGGACAGGACAUGUCUUUAAUGCCCCCUGGUCGUGACAAAGCCUCCCCGUCCUCCACUGAGUUCAACCCGCUUAUCUAUGGCAAUGAUGUGGACUCAGUUGAUGUUGCCACAAGGGUGGCGAUGGUGAGGUUCUUCAACUCUCCAAAUGUGCUGCAAGGGUUCCAGAUGCACACACGCACUCUACGUCUCUUCCCCCGUCCUGUGGUGGCAUUCCAGGCCACAUCUUUCCUGGCUUCUAGGCCGCGCCGGAAUGGAUUCACCGAAAAGCUCUCCCAUACCCAGGCGGUGGAGUACUAUGGAGAGUGGGCUCUCAAUCCCACCAACCUGGCUUUCCAAAGGAUUCAUAACAAUGUGUAUGACCCCUCUCUAAUAGGCGAUAAGCCUAAGUGGUAUGCCCACCAGUUACAGCCAGUGUUCUACCGUGUGUAUGAUGGAAACUCUCAUCUGGCGGAGGCGUUGAGUGGACCCCUGCAGGAUGAGACCAAUGAUUCAGACCCAACAGAUGACAGUGGCAGUGACAGUGAAGCAUACGAUGACUCCAGCUCUUCCUACUCGUCUCUGGGAGACUUUGUGAAUGAGAUGAUCAAAGGGGACAUACAAGGGGACACACCAAAUGUUGACACCCUGACCCAUGCUGCGCUGGGAGAUGCGAAUGAGGUAGAGAUCCAUUACUUCCAGGAGUAUAAGGGGGACAACGGUGACCCAGAGCCAGAAGGCCUGCCAGAAGCAGCGGACCAUCAGCCACUGCGGUCCAGCUCCAGCACGACGGCCAGUUCCAGCCCCAGUACAGUCAUACAGGGAGUCAACCAUGAACAGAAGGAACCCGUUGAGGUGGAGGCGACAGCUGGCGUAACCCUCCAGAACCCUGUCCCAGGAUUGGGAGCUCCACCUUUUACAAGACCCACUUCUGAUCCGGUUCCUGUUGACCCAGCCAAUAAGAAGCGAGAGUACGAUAAUCCCUAUUUUGAGCCCCAGUAUGGCUUCCCUUCAGAGGACGAUACUGAAGCAGAUGAGCAGGAGGAGAGUUACACACCGCGAUUCAGCCAGAAUCUCAAUGGCAACAAACCAUCUCGUCCAUUGAGACCCAGCAGUCUGAAGCUUCCGGGUGAAUCUGAUGGGGAGGGAGACUCCAGAAAUAGCUCUCCAAACUCCACCAUCUCCAACAAUAGCAACGAUGGCUUCGGGGGACUCAUGUCCUUCGCCAGUAACCUGUAUAAAAACCAUGGCACCAGUUUCAGUCUGUCCAGUCUAGCUCUGCCUAAUAAAGCACGAGAGAAGAACACGCCGUUCCCCAGUCUCAAAGAAUAUUUUCAUUUUGAUUUAACAGAGGACACAGAUCAAGACGAUGCUGAUGACAGUCCUGAGAGUCCUGGUGCUCGAGCUCCCAGAGCGCUGGUAGAUCAGAAAUCUUCUGUUAUUAAGCACAGCCCCACCGUCAAGAGAGAGUCUCCAUCUCCUCAGGGCAGAGCCAACAACACCAGCGAGAACCAGCAGUUUCUUAAGGAGGUGGUCCAGAGCGUGCUCGAUGGGCAGGGUGUGGGUUGGCUCAACAUGAAGAAGGUACGCCGCCUGCUAGAGAAUGAACAGCUGCGAGUCUUUGUGCUCAGCAAACUCAAUCGUGUGGUCCAAUCCGAGGAGGAUGCUCAGCAGGAAGUUAUAAGAGAUGUGGAGAUAAACAGGAAGGUAUACAAAGGCAUGUUGGAUCUACUGAAGUGCACAGUGUCCAGUUUGGAGCACUCAUACACUAAUGCUGGCCUGGGAGGCAUGGCCAGUGUCUUCAGUCUGCUAGAGAUAGCACGCACCCACUACCAAACCAAAGACCCAGAGAAGCGGAAACGGGGUUCCAUGGAGGGUGUUAGCAGCCCAGGCAGUAAGGAGAGCCCAUCGGGCAGAAUGGAGAGCGCCAGGGCGGCAGGCGUGCUCCUGGUACCCCGUAUCCAAUUGCCACCACCCUCCACUGGGAAAUCGUCACAGCAGUUUGAUACCCGGAGUCUGAACGAGGAGAAUUUUAUUGCCUCCAUUGAAUUGUGGAGCAAGCACCAGGAUAACAGAAAGCAAAAAGCUUUGGAAAAAGAACAGAGGGCUGAUGGAGGAAAACAGCGUCUGGAAGGUGGAGACACGGAGGAAAAAAAAUCACAGAUCAGUGCUGACAGUGGCCUCAGUGUGACGUCUGGCUCACAGAAGAGUGAUACAGAGUCCCUGGUGAGCUCCGAGCCUCCUGCUCUGACAAGAAGCACCAGCCAGGACUCAGAGGCCAGCACAGUGGUGAGUAACAGCUCAGGUGAGACGCUGGGAGCAGACAGUGACCUGAGCAGCACUGCUGGAGACGGCCUGACAGGAAGACAUGCUCAACAUCUCAACCUGUCCCGGGGGACACUGUCUGACAGUGAGAUUGAGACCAACCCUGCGACCAGCUCUGUGUUUGGAAAGACUCAUAAACUGAAGCCAGGAGUGAAGGAACCUGUUGGUGUUAAUAAAGGAGCACCAGCUCCACCCCUCGAGGAUGUCAGCAUGAGGAUCUAUCUGUGUGAGGGGCUGCUGGGGCGAGAUAAAAGCUCAGUUUGGGACCAACUGGAGGAUGCCGCCAUGGAAACCUUUUCUCUGAGUAAGGAGCGCUCUACUCUGUGGGAUCAGAUGCAGUUUUGGGAGGAUGCCUUUCUGGAUGCCGUUAUGUUGGAAAGGGAAGGAAUGGGGAUGGAUCAGGGACCACAAGAAAUGAUUGACAGGUAUCAUUCUCUGGGAGAACAUGACCGGAAGAGACUGGAGGACGAUGAGGACCGACUACUGGCCACUCUUCUGCAUAACAUGAUCGCCUACAUGCUUAUGACGAAGGUUGGUAAAAAUGAAAUCAGGAAGAAGGUGCGGCGUCUUAUGGGGAAAUCUCACAUUGGCCUCUCACACAGUCAGGAGAUCAAUGAGGUCCUGGACCGCCUUGCACAUUUGAGUGGUCGUGAGCUCCUCAUCAGGCCAAGUGGCAGCCGGCACAUUAAGAAGCAGACAUUUGUUGUGCACGCGGGGACUGAUACAACUGGUGAUAUAUUUUUCAUGGAGGUGUGUGAUGACUGCAUCGUCUUGCGCAGUAACAUCGGCACAGUCUAUGAGCGCUGGUGGUAUGAGAAGCUCAUAAAUAUGACCUACUGUCCCAAGACCAAAGUGUUGUGUCUGUGGAGGAGGAACGGUCAAGAGACACAGCUUAACAAGUUCUACACCAAGAAGUGUCGGGAACUGUACUACUGUGUUAAAGACAGCAUGGAGCGUGCUGCCGCACGACAACAAAGCAUCAAACCAGGUCCAGAGCUGGGAGGCGAGUUUCCAGUACAGGACAUGAAGACAGGGGAGGGUGGCCUCCUUCAGGUCACGCUGGAAGGCAUCAAUCUCAAAUUUAUGCAUAGCCAGGUUUUCAUAGAGCUGAGUCACAUUAAAAAGUGCAAUACAGUGAAAGGAGUCUUUGUCCUGGAGGAGUUUGUUCCUGAAACUAAAGAAGUGGUGAUCCAUAAGUACAAGACUCCUAUGGCACAUCAGAUCUGUUACUCGGUGCUCUGCCUCUUCUCCUACAUGGCGGCGGUCAAGGGGAAAGAGUCAGAGGGCAAGCCCAAGAUGCUGUCCCCUCGUCCACUACCGAGCUAGCACACUUCUCUCCUACGUUUACUUCAACUCCCUGCAAUACUACUCCUGUUCAAGAGAAGCUGACACUCCUGCCAGGCUCCUUUUAAAGACCCUUGCUCCUGUAUCGAUUCAAAUAUAGAUAUAUUCACAUAUUCAUCACAUCUGUCCUAAUAGAAACAACCCAUUCAUAUAAUGUAUCUGAUCACGUACCUGAUAUAAUAUUCCAGUACUUGGACACUAAAAUGCUGGCAUUUCAUUCUCAUAAUAGGAACCAACCAGAACAAGAACAGACUUUUGACUACUGUUGGUUGACGUCUUUACAUUCAUUCACUUUUAUUAAUUUCAAUCGGAGGCAUUUGGUUGCAUGCAGGUCCCAUGCGCAGCUCUUGCGAGUUGGCACUGGCAUGCAGACAUCAGGCAAAUGUCUUUCCCCUCUUCAGCCCCUUCUGAUAUCAGUCAACAGGCUGUGCAUUUAAUAUUCAUGUGCUAAGUUAUACAGUAAAUUCCAGUCUGUUCUGUCUGUGGUGGGUGAAAUGUUCAAGUCUUUGCAAUCUAGCGCUGCCACGUAUGAAGGGUUUGCCUUAACCGUCCACGACGGAGAAGCUAUCCCAUUCGUAAAUGUUCCAUUCGCCCUUUUCCACCUGCUGUAAGUGGUCUAAGGUCUGUGUAUCUCUUCAGCUUAAAAGCCUCAAACUACUACUGUACUAGUUCUGCUGUAAAGUUCCCUGUCUGUGAACUGCUGUGUUAAAUUUGCAUGUCACUUGGAAAAAACAAAAUGGAUAUUUAAAAAAAGGAAUCUGUACAUCUCUGAAGCAAUGCUGAAAAAGCAACUAAAAUGUUUAUGAAAAACGAAUUUGUUUUCUAGAUGUGCAAUACUAUCACUAGAGGGUACCGAGAAUAUGUCCAGUCAUGUCCUCAGAGUUCAUCCACUGUCCUCCUGUUCAUAAUGAGGAGACCAGAGAGCAGAUCAGGCAUCACUUCUGUUUUCUGUUCAUUUCUUGUCGUUAUUUUGACACCGUAAUGACAAAAGGCAUUAUUAAUCUAUAAGACAGCUGCAUUUGGAGAUCUUGUCCAAAAUGUCCUGUUUGAAGUGUCUUCUUCCUGUUUGUGUGUGUCUGUGUGAUCGUGUGUGUUCGUGUUAGAAACACUGAUGGCAAGAGAGUAUGACUGCACGUAGAGGUGCAGAUUUUCUUGGGUCGUCUCUUUUUGACUACUAGAUUGGGCAGUACCACUGUCACAUUUAUAUAUUUUAAUAUUCUUUUAUGUUUUGCUCACAUUUUUAAUAAUUUAGAUGUAUGAAGUGGUGUUUUGUGUCUCCAUUCAGUUCAGUUGUUGUAUGCAGACUGUAAAUGGACUGGAAAAGCCCACUCAAUAUUGGUUUUGAGAUGUAAAUAGCACAAAACUGAUUUCCCGGAGUCCAAGUCUCCCAAAACAGAUGUUUUGAGUUGGACAGUGGAUCAGGUCUGUUGUUUGAAAGUGUGAGAGAGAUACAGUUGCACAUUAUUUGGGCUUUCAUUUUAGUCUGUAUCAUUUAGAAUAAGAGGGAAAGGAAAAAAUAGAGACAUUUGGUUGUAAAUAUUUCAGCAUUUAAAAAUAUUUAUAGAACCUGUACAGCUUUGGCAAUAUGAAAUAAAAGAUGUCCAACCCAA